AUGGCCGAAACCGGUGUGGGUGAUGCCCUGCUACCAGGAACCGCUCUUACUGUGGCCUUGGUCGCCCUUGAUGAGGUCCAACGCAACGACUUGUCGCAAGAAGAGGAGGAGGAUCGUGCGCCCGACCUUCCCCGCCCUAAACUCUCAAGAGGACAGCGAAAGAGGAAAGACGUGGAGAAAUGCGCUUGGGCACAGAUGUUGGAGGAUAAGGACCCCGAGGACAGCAACAGCAUAACCUCCAAGCAGUUUCGCCUUGACUUCCGCCUCCCCUUCAGCUUCUUUCUGCGGCCCGUGGCGUUAGUGAAGAGCAAGGACUGGUUCACCACUUCUGGCUGCGAUGCAGCAGGUCGGCAAAGCCACCCAGUGGAGCACAAGGUCACGGUUAAUCACGCUGGCCGUGCAAUUGCCGUGACCGAGGGCUUCACCGGCUCGACGAACGACAAGACCAUCGUCUGCUGGGAUGCCGCGGUCGAGAAGAUUCGGACUGACAAGCAGUACACGAAGCAGACCUUCGACGUGUACAACGAGGAUGGCACGACGACAACGCUCAAGGGGUGCUACUUGCUAGUCGACAACGGGUACCACAAGUGGAAAGUCCUAAUGGAACUCACCAAGCACCCGCUGAGCGAGAACAACAUUCUUUUUNUUGUGGAAAGUCCUAAUGGAACUCACCAAGCACCCGCUGAGCGAGAACAACAUUCUUUUUUCGAAGAGGCUGGAGAGCGUGCGCAAGGACGUGGAAUGCUUCUUCGGCAUCCUGAAGGGUCGCUUCAGGAUCCUGAAGCUCGCCAUGGCGUACCACGAGCAGGAGCGCAUCGACAACGUGUAUUUCACGUGCUGCAUCUUGAACAACAUACUGCACACCUUGACGGAAUGGACCAGCUGGUGGAGAACAUGCUCUGGGUCAGCAGUGCCGGGGCGGACUGGGGUGGCGACCGAGCAGGAGGCGGGCUCUAG